CGCUGCAGUUAGUUUACAGUCAUGAUUCCUGUUUGUGCAGCAGUAGUGGGAGUACCUAGAACGGAGAGCAUCGAACGCGGAGGGCUGCGCGGUGAGCGGAGAGAGUGGUGGUGUCGCUGGAAUCGCAGAUAUGGCCGGCGGCGGAGGAGGCGAUCGACUGAUGCCGUGCGCGCGGGCCAAGUUCGAGUUUCAGGCCAAGAGCGACGUGGAGUUGAGCUUCAGCGCCGGAGUCUCGGUCCGUCUGCUCCGGAGGAUAGACGAUAACUGGCUGGAGGGGGAGCUGGAGGGUCGAGUCGGCAUAUUCCCCGCGUCCUACGUGGAGAUCGAGCUAGGGACGCCGUCCAAGGCCCGGGAGAGCUCGCUCGCUAGCUCCGGGCGACCCUACGCCAUCGGGCUGUUCGAGUUCUCGGGGGACUGCCAGGGAGACCUGUCGUUCGCCAAGGGAGAGUUGAUCGAGCUCCUGGGCUCGGCUGGCAGCGGGUGGAUGAAAGGAAAGACGGGGAGAGGAGAAGGCAUCUUCCCGGCUUCUUUCGUGGAGAUCGUCAAGCUACCCGUAACCCCGCCGGCCAGCAAGACCUCGAGCUCGCCGCCUGGAGACGAGCCUCGCCGUUCUCCAGAGUACGCUGAGCCAGGCCAGGCCCCUGUCAGAGGCUCUGAAGGGUCAAGGGAGUUGGCUAGGGAGCAGGACUUGACUGAGGAGGUUGUCAGGGAAGAUGGAGAGGCAGUGUUCGAGAAUGGGUUCUCUGAUGACGACAGAGAGGAGGAGGAGGAGGAGGAGGAGGAGGGUACGCCAGUGCCCCCACCGCGAAGUAAACACAAGAGUAGGUCUCUCUCGUCCAGUGUCCUCCUGUCAGGGGAGGGGGAGGGGAGAACGACACCCUCUCGCUCCCCUCCCAUCUCUCCCCGUCUCCCGGGAACAUCUCCUCCACCACGGAGACGACAGUUGAGUCGGAGUUAUACCAGCGGACUCAGUCCUCGACCAAGACCUCGUCCCAGGAGACAUAACUCCCUCACUGACUUUCAGAGACAGAUCAACACUCUGCAGGCUGGCCUCACCGUAAGAUGGCCAAUUAGCAUGCAGUAACAGAUCCAGCCCCACCCUCUCUGUUGUGUUGACCUGCUAUGACUGAACGCUACUGUGAUCACUUGUGGCCUGUGUCCGCCUGUCUGCAGAUUGAGAAGAAGCUGUUGGUAAGUGCCAGGACCCUGCUGGAGGUGACGCAGGACGAGGUGAAGAGGGAGAAGCUAAGAGGAGCCAUCUCAACUCACGAGAGCAACGUACAAGCUCUCAGACAGCAACUGGCAGAAAUGAAAGGUCAGCGGGAGACUGUGAGUGAGUCCAGUCCCCCACCCGUCCGACCUUCUUCCCCUCCUCACCAACACCUCCCUCCUCCGAAACCUCUCUCCCUCAGCCAGCAGAGGGCAAAGGUCAUUGAGGAACUGGUCACCACGGAGACAGACUACCACGCACAGAUGCACAUCACCUGCGAGAAGCUCAUCCCUGCCAUGGAGGAGAUACGUGAUGUGAAUGCGGAGCUGUUGUUUGGUAACCUGGGUGAGGUCACAUGUGUGUCACAUGACCUGCUGGCGGCCCUGCGGGAGACAUGUGCAGGAGAGGAGAAGGUCGGAGAGGUGUUUGUGAGAUUUGGUCCCAGACUCCGCUCUACCUACGCUGCCUACUGCCGUAACCACGACACCGCCUCCUCGUUAGUGGAGAAGUACUCUGAGAACCCUGAGCUGACAAAAAUAAUAAAGACUUCGCUGGACGCCAUCCGGGCAGUGACACAGGCGUGGGAUCUGCAGUCUCUGCUCAUCAAACCGGUUCAGCGGGUUCUCAAAUACCCGCUAUUACUGGGCAAACUGGUUCAGACGACAGGAGAUGGUCACCCGGACUACAAGCCAGUCCACCGGGCCAGACAGGUCGUAGGUCAAGUAGCUCAGGAUAUCAACGAAAUCAAGAGACGGAAGGAUCUUGUGGAGAGGUACACGGGGCCUGGGAAGGAGGAGAGGAGGGGAACUGUCUCUGUACACUCUCUUCAGAAGAAGGUCCGCCGAUUCCAACAGACGCUCACCCAGCUCACCGGCCUCAGGUCAAAGACUGUGGAUCCCGAGUUUGAGGAACUUGAACAGAAAAUGAUGUCACUUGAGACGUUUCUACGGCAACUGAUACGCAACAUCACUACCUGGCAAGAGGACCUACAGAAAGCGGUGGACAGUCAGGAGGUCUUGGGGGAGGGAAUGUUGCUGUAUGUACCCUCUGACCUCCGACCUUUGACCUGCUACCAGCGGAGUCUGGGAGAGCUGCAGGGAGCCGUCAAGACACACGGCACCUCCAUCACAGCCCACGUCCUGGUUCCAUUCCAGUCUCUCCUGUCCCUGUUCCAGGAUCCUCUCCACCUCAUCAGCAAAAGACGAGACAAGCUCCUGGACUUCGACCACCUCCAGUAUGCCUUGGACCACCACACUGAAGAUCCAGAGAAGAUCAAGCAACUGCGAGAUGCCUGCACAAUGGCCAAACGAAACUACGAAGCUCUCAACCAGCAGUUAAUUGAGGAGUUGCCUCGUUUCAAUCAGCUGGUCCAGAGCAUCAUCGACCACACGGUCACUGUUUUGUUCCAACUUCAGUUCCGGUUCCAUACGGCUGUACACGCAGCCCUGCACCAGCUGGCCGAGCAGUACACUCCGAGGAACCGAUCUCUGCCCCUCUCGUCGUCUGAAACUAUACAAGCUGCCCACAGCGAGGCUCUGUCAGAGGUCGGAGGUCAACUCAUCUCUCUCUCCAUCGUCCCGGCAUCCCUGACGAUGAGUCUGCCGACUGCCAUCAGGAGUGGUCACCGAAGAGUCUCUGAGAGCAGUGGCCCUCCGGGUGAGGGAGAUAGAGAGGACUCCAUCCUCUCCACCAGCAGUGAGGUGGACAUGGACUCCAGUAUAUCUGAGGAGCCGCUGGACCCCUCAGAACCCCCUCCACCCCCUGAGGUCGGCUCGUCUCUGACGGUCAUGUAUGACUUCGAGGCCCAGGACAGGGCAGAGUUGACUGUGGCCGCAGGUCAAGAGGUCAUCCUCAGGUGUCCCCACGACAGAGUGGGCUCCAGGGAAUGGUGGCUGGUGGACUGUGGGGACUCCGCUGGCUACGUUCCCGCCAACUUCCUCCACUACCACGGCAACGCCUACACUUGACUCUUCACAAUUUUCACAGAUGCUGAUUUUUUAAUGAGAUUUAAAGAACUGGGCUGUUUGUAUAGCGCAUGCAAGCAAACCUGGCUGGCAAAUAACGCAGAAUGGGGUCUGCCUA